AUGAGAUAUGCAAUCAGAUUGAAUAUCCUAGUGAACCCUACUGGCAAGCCAGAUGCGUUUCGUGGCAUCGAUUGGGUUCUCGAGUAUGAUAAUCUGCUCACAAAGGAUAAACAUGGUGGCGAAGGCCCGAACUAUACAAGGGACCAUAUCAUCGCAGAAUCACCCAAUAUUCUUGUGUAUCAAAGCUGCACUCGCAAUGCGGAGUGCAACUACCAUUUGAAUGGAUUGACCUCGGCACAUGGCAGCAAGAACAUCGUGAAACCGCUGAGAGCGUUACAAGCUUACAUGCAGGUGCAUCACACAAAUAAAAUUUGUGCAGGGCGAGCAACUUGCUUCGACAUUCGAGACAUGAUUGAUAGGGGAAUCAAGUUACUUCUUAGUACAAGCAUCAACGAGGACACUGCAACACAUAGUGCAGAUAGAGAAAUAGAUCAGGAGCUGAGGGCUGAGGAUCUCAGUGUUGAGGAUGCUAUCUAGACAGAUCCACUCUGAUGUCAGCCAUAGAAGCGCGACACGGGUAUUGCAGCUAGGAGCAGAUUUGCUGCUAGAAUAAGUGUAUCUAUCAGUAUCAAUAAUAACUGAAGAAUGCCACCUGUUGGCAUACCUCGAUCGUGAUCAGAUGCAAUGAACAAAUGAUCAGAUGUCAAUGCAGCUACCACACUCAUUGAGUUGGAAUGAAUGUCUGC